AUGGUUAAAAGAAAUAAUAAUAAUUCAAUUAAUUAUGAAAUAAAUAAAAUAAUUCCAGUACAAACAACCAAAGAUAUAAAUUCCAAAAGAGAAAAAGAAAUCCAUGUGCAAAUUAAAAAAAUCAAUUCUAAUAGAACUUUUGUUUAUGAAAAUAUUCAUAGACACAUCUUAUUGGUUUUAGAGAACUUUGGAAGUACAAAGAAUCUUUUUCUCGUCCUUUCAGACUGUCUUGCAACAUUGAAAGGUUAUGAUUCUCAAGAGUACCAAUUACAACUUGAGCUACAAACCAUUUCUGAUUCAACUACAACUACUACAACAAACACUGUUUCCACUGUUGCCACUGCUUCCACUUCCAAAACUGCCACUUCCAAAAAUGUCAUUUCAAAUAUUGAAAACAAUACUAAUAAGAGUCAACCAUUGGAAUCAAAUGAUUUAACUCCACCAUCAUCUAAAUCAUCUAAUUCUUCCCCUUCAACAUCUCCAAGCAAAAGAGUUUCCAAAUCUAAAACAAGGGUAACAAAGAAACCAAACCAAGUUAUUUCCACUAGUUCUUCUGGUGAAACUGAAAAUCUUACUACAACCAGUACUGCUGAUACCACUGCUACCACUGAUACUGCUGAUACAACCGAUGGCACAAAUACAAGAACUAGCAAUACAUCCAGUGAUGAUACCACUACAGAAUCAACCAAGAAAAGAGGUAGACCAUCUAAAAUUCAACCAGACAGUUGCUAUGUUUGUAGAAGAACCUUUACUUCAUAUUGGAGAAAAGGUAUCUUCAAUGACCAAAAUGAAGAUCUUUGCAAUCCUUGUGGUUUGAAUUAUUUGAAAAAAGGAAAAAAAGAACAAAUUUCAAAAAAUCAAAAUAGUAUCCACAAUAUUUUAAACUAA